UUUGCCUUCUGGUCAGAGGAAACAACGGCAGCUCAUUCUGGUGUGAACAAAGAUCGCUGUGACACUUCCUACCAUGGUUAAGACUGGCCUGACCUUCAGUCUGGUGACUGUUAUCUUGCUUGCGGCUGGCGGCAUCACGUUUUCUGCUCAGAUUCCUCAACCACAAGUUGCUCAAGAUGUAAACCCCCCUGCGAAUGUUGAUGGCCAGAGGAACGACCCCCCUCCCCCCGGUGCUGCUAACUUUGAGGACUGUGCAGAUCUCUAUGCUGUACUCUACUGGACCGGCACAUUGCAGGACGGAGUCUUCCCCAUCAAACCUGAGUCUUCCACCGACCACUUCGACGUCUACUGUGACAUGACUACAGAUGGUGGGGGCUGGACUGUCAUACAAAGGAGGGUGGAUGGGAGACUCAACUUCGAUAGAAACUGGGCAGACUACAAAACUGGGUUUGGGUGGGUCGAGGGGGAACACUGGCUUGGACUGGAUAAAAUUCACACCCUGACAUCCCAGAAUAGCUAUGAGUUGUAUGUGGAGUUACAGGAUUGGGAAGGGAACUUUGCUCAUGCUAAAUAUGGUACAUUCAGCAUUGGGGAUGAGAGUGCAUAUUAUACACUGAACAUUGGGGGGUACAGUGGGGAUGCUGGAGACUCUAUGGGUCACCAUAACGGUAGGAAAUUCAGUGCAAGGAAUAGAGACAAUGAUGGAUCCAGUAUUUAUAAUUGUGCUCAGUUGUUUUCAGGUGGCUGGUGGUAUAACAAUUGUGCUAGCUCUGCCCUGAAUGCUGCCUACUUCCAGCCAGAGGACUAUCAUGGUGAUGACACAGGACCUGGUGUUCGCUGGUAUCACUGGAAAGGUUACUACUACUCACUGAAGGCCACCAAGAUGAUGGUGCGACCUCAGAACUUUGUUCGCAAACUGUAA